UGCGUCAACGACAACACGACACAGCCGUGCUGCCGCAAAUUUAUGUAAAUUCGCGAAAAUUCACCCGCUUUUCCAAACCAAACGCGGUCCGCGCGAACGGAAAAUGGAGUCGUGAUAAAAUGGCGGGCGCGCGCGUGUCGGGAAACUCGGAAAACGGUUCGUGGUGUUCGUGGAAGUGACCAGUUACCGAGAUCUGUGAUGUUAUAGGGAAGUAAUUUCAUCGAUGUUUGUACACAGAUUCGAGUGUAAAAUUACAGAUAUCUGGGAUAGAGAUAUUGCACAAUUUUAUCAAAGUUUCAAGUCAGUGACAGCCUAUGGAAACAAGAACUCAAAAAUAUUUCGAUACGUCCGCGACCACAAUAUAUUCCAACCCAACUAGUAGGUAAAUCAAUCAACGUUUGUACACAGCUUUGAGAGUAAAAUUACGGGAUUAAAAUGCUGCAUAGUUUCAUCAAAUUCUGAAGUCAGCAGUGACAAUUUAUGGAAACAAGAACUUGAUUCGCGAGCAUGAUAUAUUACAACUCAAAGUGAGAAUUUUAUGAGAUUUUUUCGUCAAAUUCUGUAGUCAGUGACAAUUUAUGGAAACAAGAACUCAAAAAUAUUUCGAUACGUUCACGACCAUAAUAUAUUAUUCCAACUCAACGUGAAAAUUUUAGAUCUUUCAAGUUACAGUGGAUAAAUUAUAUCAAAUUUUGUAGCUAGUGCCGAUUCAAUAAUAAGACUACGAUACUAAUAUUUUUCGUUGAACACGGACGUUGAUAUGAUUCGAACUCUGUGAUGUUAUGAACAAGUGAUUUCAUCAAAAAUGGUGUGCACAGUUUUACAGUUUUGCUCGGCAUGUCUAUAGAAGAUACAGUGAUGUGCUAUGGAUGAUACAGUGUUGGAAUUCUUCCUUAGUCGUAAAUGCAUUUUAAUGUUAUAGACGAUUAUCAAUUUCGUUCAGUUUUGGUUUUACUGACAAAGAUCGUUAAUGAAGGGUAGAGGAUAUCAUUAAACUGGACGUGUGGAUGUGUAAAAUGAAUCAGUUUUUCAAAAUGUCUAGUGUUGAAUGCAUGAAUGAUAGAUUCUCUUCGGAAGUGACGUUAUAUUGGAUAUAGAACAAGGAUUGUCAAUUGGGAUGGUUAUCACCAGCCGAUCACUGAUACCAGCAAAGGGAUUCGCCUAUUCAUGAUUGAUCAGCAUCAUAAUUUCCACAAAACUAGAUCUUCAGUUCAACAAAUUAGAUAACAUGAACAAUUAAACAAAGUGAUACUAAUGAAUACAUAAUAAACAUAUUAAAGGUAGUGUACAGAAUGAGUUCAAGUGACAAAAUUAUGAAGGAAAUCAUUCUAGAUGGGGUAUAAUGAGUUGUGUAGUGGUGCUAUUGUGAAUUCACAAGUGAAAUUUCGGUAAAUGUGCUACAAAAAGCGUUUCAGCGUGCAAGUAUGCAGAGAUUCAUGGACCGGUAGUAUCUCUACUUUCAAUAAGAACUGUCCUAGGCAAUGAAAUAAUGUACUUGUUUAAAUGAAAUAUUUCAAAGAUCAUGAAAAGAGUUGAAUUCAAAACAGAUUUUGUUUCCAAAUCCACGAAACUCCGUUUCAAUAAAAAUCUAGUGAUAGAUUGUUGAAAACAACAACAACAGAGUCCUCCCAACGUGAAGAAGUGAAUCUAAAUUAUAUUAUGAUAGGGAAUUGAACUUGUUCAAGUAUAUAUGAUACAAUAUCAUACAAUGAAAAGGCUCUCCACACCUUUAGGAAUAGAUUUUAAAUUCACCAGGUUUACUCAAGAGUAUCCGAAAGUGUUCAAGUGUUUGACACGACACUAAAGCUCCCUAAUGAUACAUGAGUAUAGAAUGAGCAUUAUCCCAUCAUAGAGGAUUAAAAUUGAGAAAGUAUAUAUGAAACAAUAACAAAGUUCACUGACCUUCAGCUUAUAACAGCCUCCUAAACAGAAUAAUUUAUUGAAAAAUUGAAAAUAUUUGGGACAAUAACAAGGUUCUCCAAUAAGUUCACUAACCUUCAACCUAUAUCAGCCUCCAAACAGAAUAAUUUAUUAAAUUGUAAAUAUUUGUUACAAUAUCAAGGUUUUCCAAUCUUCUAUUGGUUUGAUCUCAUAUCUACGGAAUAAUAGUAUAUUUUUGAAAAAUUGAAAGUGUAUGGGACUAUAACAAGGUUCUCCAAACUAGACUAGACAGAAUCUAACAUUUUCGAAAAAAUUAAAUAGCAACGGAGUGAGUGGCCAUUUUGGUGAGAAAUUUGAUUUUGGGUUGUUUGGACGCCGGGGGGUGACCUCGGGCCGGGUGCCCCCUGAAGGUGUUGCCUGCGUGGUGGGGGGCCCCGCGUGGCCCGGGGGCAGACAUGACGGCCGUGCAAGGGGCUCCGCCCCCCGGCCUGCUCUACCACCUGCACAGGGAUCAUCUGCCGCCCCUUGUACCGCCCCCGCAGCCAGCUCUACCCCCCGCUCUGCCACCCUCGCCGGCGCACAACCCCGAUGUCCUGUUAGCGCUUCUUGCUCGCAACAAAACGCUCGAAGCUAGCAUUCCCAAGUGCGGCGGUUGCCACGAACUGAUCUUGGACCGGUUUAUCCUGAAAGUGCUGGAACGCACGUGGCACGCACGUUGCCUCAAGUGCAGCGAGUGCGGCGCUCAACUCGCCGACAAGUGUUUCGCGCGCAACGGCAUGCUCUUCUGCAAGGAGGACUUCUUCAAGAGGUUCGGCACCAAGUGCGCCGGCUGUGAGCUGGGCAUUCCGCCGACGCAGGUGGUGCGGCGCGCACAUGACUAUGUCUACCACCUGCCCUGCUUCGCCUGCGUCAUGUGCAGUCGUCAGCUCAACACUGGCGACGAGUUCUACCUCAUGGAGGACCGCAAGCUCGUUUGCAAGCCCGACUACGAGGCCGCCAAGACCAAAGACGGCGCAUGCUUGGACGGCGACCAGCCGAACAAGCGGCCGCGAACGACGAUCACCGCCAAGCAGCUGGAGACGCUGAAGAUGGCCUACAACAACAGUCCCAAGCCGGCCAGGCAUGUGCGCGAACAGCUGUCUCAGGACACGGGCCUCGACAUGCGGGUCGUCCAAGUCUGGUUCCAGAACAGGAGAGCGAAAGAGAAACGACUAAAGAAGGAUGCAGGAAGAACAAGAUGGAGCCAGUACUUCCGGUCGAUGAAGGGUGGGGGAUCGCCCCGCCAUGACUCCAAAGAUGACCUCAAAGUGGACCUCGAUUCCAAUUUCAGUCAUUCUCAUGAUUUGGAGAGCAACGACAGCUAUGGCACCCUAGGCUUGGACCAGGAAACCACGUCGCCCCCCCACAGUCGAUACCUGCACGGAGGGGGCUCCCCCCCGCCCUACAUCUCCUCACCCUCUCAGCCUCUGCCUUACAACAGUGAAGCCUACUCUUCGCUAACCGCAGUGCAAGGUACAACAGCACCGUCAGAGUUGAGCGACGGAAGUAGCACACACGGUUAUCCCGACUUUCCGCCCAGUCCGGACUCGUGGCUCGGCGAUAAUCCGGCAGUGGCCGGGGGGGCACCCCACCGCUACUGAGACAGGGCCCCCCCACCCCUCGUCCAGGACCUGUCCACGAGGACACGAUCUCCCUCCAUCAUGCCCCUUCAGCGCUAGAAACAGACGAUAAUGGUGUUACAGUACUGUGUUUAGUACGAUUCUUCGACAGUGUAUCCUACUGAGUUUAGACGAACUAAUAUUUGAAAAAGUCUUGCUUUUAGUACGAUCAUUCAACAAAUAACUGUUAACUAAGUAACAAAUAACUGUUAACAACUGUUGACAACUUUUAGCUUUUAACAAAUAACUUUUAUUUGUUAAAUAACUGUUAACUGUUAGGACUGUGUUUAGAACUAAAAUCUUUGGAGUACUGCGUCUAGACGAACUAAUAUUUGACAAAGUACUGCGCAUUGAGUACGAUAUCUCAACAAAUAACUGUUAACUGAGUAACAAAUAACUGUUAAGAACGGUUAACAACUGUUUUAAUAGAUGUUAACAAAUAUACUGUUAACAGUUAUUUGUUGAAUAACUGUUAACUGUUAGUACUGUGUUCAGAACUAAUCUUUGACAAAGUACUGAUGUGUUUAGAACAAUAAUUUUCCAACACAAGCAGCAUUGUCCAACUUUUUUGACAAAAGUUAAAAAAGUUCUACAAAGGUCUUUGGUAUUGUAUAAACAUAAUCAGAGUACUGUUUUUAAACAGUGUGGUGUCGUCAAAUAUAUGGAGCAAAUUAUGAUACUGUUCUGUAUUUAGCACAAUUUGCCAACAGUAUUCAACAAAGAUCUACUGUUACUGAUACAGAUGUUGAGCAGAAUACCAUUAAGGUGAAAUAGCAAUAUCUGCUCUUAAGUGGUUGUCAGGUAAAAUAUCUCUGUUCAGUGCAAAACACUAUUUUUAGUGCGAGUCUUCACCAGACGUCUAGCACCAAAAACCAGUUAAUUGGUACUAUUUUUAGUACAAUUAAAUUUGGCAACAGCAUCAUGAAGUGCUAUAGGCUGAACACAGAAUAAGUUGGCAUACUGUUUCUAAUGCUAGUAUAUUGAUAAAAAUACUGUUUUUAGUGCAAGUUUUCACCAGUCUUAGCAGCACUAAAAACUAGUUAAUUGGUACUAUUUUUAGUACAAUUAAAUUUGGCUACAGCAACAUGAAGUGCUAUAUAUUGAACACAGAAUAAGUUGGCAUACUGUUUCCAGUGCUAGUUGCUAUAUUGACAAAAAUACUGUUUUUAGUGCAAGUUUUCACCAUACUUAACAGCACUAAAAACCAGUUAAUUGGCACUGUUUUUAGUACAAUGAAAUUUGGCAACAGCGUCUUGAAGUGAAUUGAACACAGAGUAAGUUGGCAUAGGCUACUGAUGUUUUCAGUGUGCUUCCUAAGCAAAGUAGCUAUGUAUAGGCUACUAUUGUCAGUUCAAGUUGUCAACAGUACAGAACAAAGAGUUACUUUAUACCGAGUGGUUCAAAAGUAACCAUAACUACCCAUUACCCUGAGGUAUUAGCUUCACCUAAUAAGCUGUGAGAUGGGUAGGUAGUGACUUCUAGGGCACUCUGUAUAUAAGUACGAACUCCAGCUGUCUUUAGUAAGAAUCGUCAAGAGCACCGAACUAAGUAUUGUUUUUAGUCAACAACAUUGAACAAUGUACUGUUUUUAGCAGAAGGGGAAAAGCGUCCUGGACUUGUCGGCUUGUGAUUGGCCGAGCGGUCACCAAUGAACCGCGUGGUGGUUGAAAAUAAUAUUAUAUACUGUACUAUAUUUAGCUAGCGUGUUAUUGUAAAUUGUCUGAUUCAUUGUAAGUUAGUGGAAACUAUAUUGUGAGUGUAAAGUAUAUGCAUGUGUGAAUUGAAUAUAUUAUUGAGAAAAGAAAA